GAAGGGAACAAACCACAUUCGACAAAUAUGGCGGGCUGGAAAGUUCUGGUUUGGGAAAAUUUUCUUUUAUUAUUUUGUAUUGUAUCUUGUGAAAGACAACCAGAUACUCUAAAUGUAUUGAGUAUUCUUCUCCCAUACUCGACAGCUGGUUCUGCGAAUGUGAAUUUUACAAUCGGGGCAAAUGACGGCUGUUAUAAAUGGUUUGUAUAUCUUGUUAUUUUUGCACGUGUUUAUUUAUGCUUCUAUGCUUUGGGAAUUAAUAUUAGGUUAUAGUAUGAGUAUUUAAUGUAAAAACCUUGUUUCAUUUUGUUAACAUAACAUCGUCGAGAUUUGAAGUUGUUUGGUUAUUAAAUAUGUCAUAUUUUGUUAUAUGCAACACUCCAGCCACUCCUAAUCAGGGUUGGCAAAUGUUCUUAUAUUAGUUGUUCUUAUAUGUUCUCAUAUUAUAUAAGAACAUUUUUUUGGGAGGCAAAAAUGUUCUUAUAUUUUCUUAUAUUAUUCUCAUUAAUUAUUCUACUUCGAAGUAGUAAAUUUUAACUAUUUGACAUUCAUCCUGAAAAUAAAAUAUACAGAUAAUAGUCGUAUAAAUACAGCAGUAACAACUAUUUUUAUAACUUUUAAAGCCAAGAGGUUAUAUUACAGCAACAUCUAAAAUUGAAGUUGAAUCGUCAUUUUAGGAUUUUGGAUGAUUUGUUAAUAUGACGUCAUGAAAGUUUUUGAAAGUGUUCUUAUAUUGGAAAAAAUGUUCUUAUAUUAAUAUAAGAAAUAAGAACAUUUUAUUUUUGAAAAAAUGUUCUUAUAUCCAACCCUGCUCCUAAUACUGGCCAAUACUGGGGGAAUAUUAAAAUUUAGGCAGGGCAAGGGUGGGUUUUCGUUUAAAGGGGGGGGGUAGAAAAAUUUCUAGUUGGGUGCAAGCGGCACCACUAAGCGAGCUUCUGCAGAGGUUAUGCAUUAAGGUUAAAGACUUUCACACAAAAUAAGAGGGGUGAAGUGAAAAUUUUGGUGGGGUUGAACUCUUUAUAAGAGGGGUUAGAGAGAUUCUAGGGGGGGGUUAACCCCCUCACCCCCCAGUAAAUGACAUGUCUAUGUGCCAGAGAUAUACCCAAUAUUAUUGUCUGAUACUUGUUUUAAGCCAAUUCAGGUAUGCCAUCACUAUCUGUGUACUUUAGAACAUUUUGUACCAGCAACCUUUCCAAUGUGGACUUAAAACCAUAAGCUGAUAUACAAUAUAACAUACUUGUGUGUAAUUCAACAUCUCUGACAUAUCUUUGCAUAAAAAAUUUUAUUGUCAGGACAUCAUCCAGACCUGAAAUUGCCAAAGUUAGAUCAGUACAGAAAACUUCUCAAUACAAAGGUAGGCAGAAUUUGCUUGGUUGUACACAAAAACCUGGUUUCCAUAUGCUCGUAAAAAUAAAAUCUUUCUCAACGGACAGUCUAAUAGUUUAUACCUGUAAACCACAUAUAAAUCAUAAGUUGUAUUUUGGCUGAAGAGAAAGAUUGUGACUCAAUCUUUACGAUCAUAUGGAAAUUACCAGGUUAAUUAAAUGACCACAAUGUAAUCCAAUUUAAGUUGUAGUUCAUUAUCCAUGUCAUACCAUUGCCCUGUGUAAAGUAUGAAACAAACCCCAAAUAUUGAGUCCAAGAUGAAACAUCUAUUUUAAAGAUUUAUUUGCUAAGUCAUUUUUCUCGCAUUGUCAGGAGGUGAUAGUUGUUCUCAACAAGCUAUUGUGACGUCACAAUCUUCAAAACCUGAGAAACAAACAGCCAUCAUUAUUGCGGAGGAAAAAGGUAUUUUGUUUCAAGCUUGUGAUUGUUGAUUAUGCCAUUAUUGUGAUAUAUUAGGCAAAUCAAAAUACAUAGGGAUGCAAGUACCUGAAAAAGACAAGGAGAAUUUCAAUGUUUUGAGCAAAGGCUCCAGACGAAGGGCCUUUGCUCAAAAUGUCAAAAUUUUCCUUAUCUUUUUCAGAUAGUUGCAUUCCUACCAACAAACGCUUGAUAAUACUGUUGCCACUACCUACACUGGCACAGACAGUUCAAACAAAUAAAAAUAAAUCCUGGUAGCCCUUGUAUAGUUUGUUUACAAUUUUUGUACAACAGUUACAGGGAAUAUUCUGCGUGCUGAUGUGUUUGUGAAUCGUAUCAAUCGUAUUGAAAUCACCACAACAACAAGGGAACUUCUGCUAGGACAGUCUCCUGAACUUCUUGACGUCAUAGCAUUUGAUGAUACUGGGAAUUUAUUUUCCUCUCUUGAUGGUCUUGCUUUUGACUGGGAGCUGAUCACUGUCAAAGGAUCAAUUGAAGCUUCUUCGGUUUUAAGGUAAGCUCAAUGUUGGGAUAAGAUUAGGAUAGAGUUAAUAUUAUGGUUGAGAUUAGGCAAAGCUUGAACCUGGAUUAGGGUUUGUUGGUUAUUUUAAAUUGUUAAACAUAUCAAUGACGAUUAAUUUUUCCAGAAUUGUUCCGUUUGCUGAAUCAAUAAAUGAGACGUCAGUUGCUAUAUACGCAUUGGAAGCCAAGGUAUUUUUGUACUUCAGAGUAGUAUUGCAUCAUUUUGCAAGUCUGUGUAUAACGUUUUCAAUUUAUUGCAUUUAAAGGGUUUGCGAGGAAACAGUAUCAUUGUUGAAGGCAUUAAUACUGGAACAGCCAUUGUUAAAGCAAAAUUAAGUCAUCCAACUUUCAAGGUCAGUUAUUCCAUCAUAACUGAAGUUAAAUUUACUAUAACUUGUUGUCUGCCUGAGCAAUUUGCCAAGAACUCAUUUGCUCUGAAUUCAUUGUAAUUUGAACAUGUUGUUGUAGGAUGUUGAGGCGCACAGUGUGAAAUUAUUGGUUAUUGAUAACCUGAUGAUUGUUCCAUCUAUGGACGUCUACAUCAUGAUCAACACUGCCGUCAAAUACAGCGUGAAGAGAUUCAGACAAAAUUCUGUCAUUGGUAAGACAAACCUUGAAUAGGAAUAAUUUGUGUUUUCCUCCAAAUCAAGUAACAUAAUAAAAAAUACAAAUGAUAUUAUUUGUGUUGUAGAUAUAGAGAUGCCUUCUUCUCAGUUUAAGUUUGUUCUAAGUAAUACAACAGUUGGGACUUUGGAUGAACCUUCGUCACGAGUCAUUGGUCGUGCUCUGGGAUAUACCCAAGUCAUGUUGAUCGACAAUAGUAUCCUUUGAUAUAGAGCUCAGAGUUCAGGGUUCAAAUUAGUUGGAAAAAAAGUGUGUCUAAAUUUUUAUAAAAUAGGUUCAUGCUGUUAGUGUGCAUGCAAAAGCACUCGUUUAUGAAUUAUAAGACAACAGAUUCUGAUUGGCUUUGUUUAAAUCUAUAAAUAUGGAUGGUAUUAAUAAUUCCCAGUCUGAUUUUUUUGUACAUCAUUUGGAAUGAUGUGAUGUUUCACUAGUUGGUCAAGAACGAUGAGCACAUUGCACAGUGUUAAUUGGAAGGCCCUUUGUCAGCAAGGUACUAGGCAAAGUAGAGUUAUCUGGCCAUGUUUAAUUUUGCAAUGCAGCCAUCUUUGUUCUCCCUGACAUUUGUGAGAUAUGAAAGACGAGUCAUCUUCAAGACAGCCAUCAGCUGGAAUUCAUGUUGUUCAGCCUGACCAUUUAGGUAAUGUAUUUCACUGUCUCUUCAGCAAGUACCAUUAGGAUGAUGGUCAGCUGAUAGUUAUUACAUUAUACAGUAUGAGUCUUGGAGGCAAAUAAAUAGUAAUGAGAGAUACAGUAACUAAUUUUGUCACUCCUAUAAGGCCCCAGUUACACAAUACCAGAUUUGCAUCGGAGCAACAUCAAAUUUGACAGUUUCAAGGGGAGUUUAGCACCCAAAAUUAUGAUAAUUUAACAGAAUUAGUCAAAAAGUUGUAUCAACAUUUGUGAGAGGUCGACCAGCAUCUGUUGCUGUGGAAUGUAAUCUUUUCAUGUUUCAUAUUCAGGAUUUUCUGUAUUUCCUGGAGGCAUCUGGGUAUUGGAAACUAACCGUCAAUAUGUCAUCACAGUUGAUGUUUAUGACAAGAUGAACCACAAACUCUAUGUUGCUGAGGUAGAAAACUUUCAAUUUAUAGAUUCACUUAUCUUAACUUUUACCCCUUCAUUCCAUAGUAAUAUGCUACCAUUAAGAGACCAUCAACCAAUCAGAUGUAUUGAAUCUAGCCAGUGAAACUGUGAAAGACAGCAGGAGGGGAAGUGAAAUCUCAUGAAUGUCUCUGGUAUUCCUCAAACUUAAAUAUUUCUAUUUUGACAGAACAUUAUGAUCAAGACAACAUUUCCAGAAACUUAUUUCUCUGUGUCGCACUCGUCAAACAAUGGAUCGUAUCAUCUCACUAAAGCGCUAAAAAGUGGAAAAACUGUUCUGCAUGCAGUACUUGCUAGUGUCAAGGUAAGAUUAAUCACAAAAUAUUUGAUCCAAGCAACAUUUUAAGUAAUUGUGAGAUAUAAUAUUUUUCAGUUAAUAACAACUGGCGAAGUGGUGACCUUGGACCCGCCUGUCGAAGGUGAACAGGAAGUUGUGAUAUAUGUUCCCAUCUCUGUUGUGCCUGCAAUCCUUGUGUUUCCAUGGAUACCAGUCAGUGGUGAAUACUACAGAUACCAACUUAAGGCUACAGGAGGAAGCGGCCGGUAUAGCUGGACGUCAGAUGAGACGAACAUAGCAAGUGUGAAUACUCGAGGAUUAUUGACAACUACCACUGACACAGGAAUGACUGAAGUGAAGGCUCAUGACUCAGAGAAUUCAAUGCAUUAUGGCCUAGCGCAGGUAAGAAAAUUUAGAAAUUGUGGAAUUGUUAAUCUCAGAAUCUUGAACCAUGCUCCAAUUUCCAAGAUUUCUUCUGGUACAUUCAUGCAUGAGACGUAAAGAAUUCUAGCUACUCGUUACCAAUUGAUCAAAUGAGCAAAAUCUCUUUCCUGAACUCUCUUUAAAAUAUGAAACAGUCAAAGUUCAUGAAAGUUGAUGUAUGCGAGUUGCUCACUCCAAUUUGACAAAACAUCAACCACUUGAGUGUUUCACAAGCAAGUUAUUAUAAUUGGCUCAUACAGUAUAAACAUCAAUAUCAACAUAAAUACCAAAGUAUACCUACCCUAGAUUAUGUAUGACAUUUUGAGACAUCAUGAAACUUGAUAUUUUAUAUAUUUAUUUCAGGUGUAUGUGCUGCCUCCAGAUAAUCUGAAAUUUGUUCCUUCAAAAGUAGAAGUUGAAAUUGGAACAAAAUUAAAGCUUCCUCUGGCGGCCGCGGCGUAUCUCACUCCAGGUUUGAUUUAUCAUACUCCAGGUUUAUAUAUCUUACUCCAGGUUUGAUAUAGAACAACAUUGAAAAUAACAUCUCUGUACAAUCUGUGUAUAAUAACCUCUGGUGUUUAUCUUCCAGAGAGCAAUGAAUUGAAAUUCUUUGAUGAUUGUCGUAAGAUGAAUUUGAGUGUGACUGUAUCAGACCAUUCAAUUUUUCAAGUCAUCGGAACCUCAGGUAAAAUUAUUCUUUGACUGUUCAAGAUAGUUUGUCUUUACGGAUGAUUUGUCUGAUUUCUGCUGUUCAGACAAAGACGAUUCCUCAGAUGAGCUGCUGUAAUUAUUAACAUUUCUAUAGCGCUAAUUUACAUGUCAAUAUGAUUAAAUGCUCUUUACAUCAAGUAUUAUACGCUUACAUACAGUAAUUACUUACUGUACUUAGGCAAGACUAUUUUAUCUUUACAACAAUUGUGAAUUUGUGAUAUUACUUUCUUGACUGUGUUUAUCCUAACCCACCCUGUCAACUUUCCCUGUGGGAGGAAACCAGAGCGUCCGGAGAAAAUCCACGACUUUCGGCAGAGUGUUGACUCACUCUUUUCACAUGAGUCCAUAGCGAGAAUCCCACGAUCUCAGAGGUGACAGGCGGUUGCUCUGAAGACUGCGCCACUGAAACCCCGGUGUACCGAAGCCUCGUCGAUCAUAGCUACAGGGUUGUCGGUCACAGUAACAUGAUGAAUGUGAUAUUGUGUUUCUAGACGAAAAUGACGAGAUCAUCGCCCCAGGAUGCACCUCUGUGUAUUUGAAGGCAUUGCGUCAAGGAUAUGUGAUUGUAACGGCGAGAUAUAAAUAUAAAGACAUCAAUAUUAAAGCUACCGUCACUGUCGCUGCCUAUUUUCCUCUUACGGUUAGUACAAACCUACAGUACUGCAGAACAACAUCUUAGGUUUUGAAAACUUUUCAUCGCAAAUUACAUUAAAUUGCUUCUUAAUUACAUUGUAUUUUCCAGACUCUAGAUCCAGACGAUGUCGCUGUAGUCAGCCUUGGUUCAGCGAAAAAUCUCAUCCUUCAGGGAGGACCUCAGCCCUGGGUACAUGAUAGAUCUACACAUUAUGAAGAAGGUAAUAUACCUAAGUCUACUGUUGGUCAAGGAUAGGAUGUUGACUUAGCUUGGAUAACUUUCGUUGGAAAACUCAUGUAAGUUGAGUUGUGGAUAGGUUGGGAUGUGAUAGAUGUAGUUAGCGUCCCUUGCCUCUGACUUAAGUCCGCUGGUCUAGGGUUGGCUUUCUUGUGCCUGAAAAGCCGUGGGCGUAAGUAGAUUUGUGGUUGGUUCUCUUCGUUAUCAUGUUCUUCAGUUUUUUCUCAGCUGUGUUGAAGUGUGUUCAGACAUGAAGCGUAGUCAGAGGUAAUGCAGGCCUUAAAAUAUCGGUCGGUCACGGACAUUGUCCGACCCUUUCGUGAAAUUGUCCGACGUACAGAGGAAACCACCGGACAUUCUGUCCGACCGAAGUAAAACUGAGAUUUAUUGUUUGUCCGACCCGAGUGUAUUGGUGUCCGACCGAACUGUAGCUUUGUCUGACGUAAAUCAAAAUGUACCCUAGUCUAGGACUACAGGCUCGUAUGUUAAAUGGAGAAUCAGAGUAAUGUAUACAGUAAAAAGUGAACCGGAAAUAAUGUUUUAAUGUAAUCGAGCGCGGGGCGGCGGCGAGAUGGUGAAGUGGAAAACAGGCUUAAGUUGUCGAAGUCUUAUACUGCUGUUACGUUAUUGGCAAGCAAAGUUAAUCUUGGCUUGAAAAUAAGUAUGAAUGACACAGAUUAUUUAAUAUCUUCACAAAAUUUAGUUCAGAAUUAAUACAUUGUGCUGAUAUUAAUUUGUGUCAUUCAGACUUAUUUCUGAGCCAAACUGAACUGAAAGUCAUCGGACAUCAUCAAACAUAUGUCCGACCCAAACUCAACGUCAUCGGACAUUUUGUCAGACGGCCCUGUAAAAUAUAUUUUAAGGCCUGUAAUGAGCCUUCGACUCGAUCGCACGUCCGUCGUGAACGGAAUCUUACUCAUUUGCCAUGCCCUUCAUUUCUUAGUUCGUGCCGUCAAAGAAGACUUGGUCUCCAUCAGAACAGACAUUAUCCCUGAGCAUCCAUUUUCUGACAAACGUUCUCUCCAUUUCUAUCAUGUCACGUGCAAAGCUCUCGGUGAACAAGAUCUUGUGGUUACCAUUGGCAACAAACCUUCAGAAACAAAUCAAUAUCCAGCAAGUUCUAAUGUGACCAUCAAAUUUGCCUGCAUGCUGCCCGCAACUCUCGCCCUCGAGCCUGAUGUACAACUCCCUGAAAUAUCAGAACGCAGGCUCAGUCUGCAAGAUUGCCAGAGUCCUAAUAAGGAGGUAUGACGCGUAUGACUUCUAGGAACAACAGUUUAGAACUGGUAGAGCUAUCCAAUAUAAAUAAAGUUCGUCCCUAAAACUUUUCAUUUCUUGCAGUUUCAUGUGCGCAGUCCUCAAGCUCUCAAACUACGGAUAAUUCUUCGCGAUCACAAGAAUCGUCUGUUUGAUAAUUUCACGUCACUGGAUGUGAGCUGGUCGAGCAAUAACUACAACAUGGCGUCAUUUGAUUUCAGUGACACAACUGGAGUGCAGAUGGAAUAUCAGGAAGACAUCUUCAGCCAACAUCGAAUGAAGUCCACGUGUAAGUAUCGAGCGGCUCAGCGAAAGUUACUAUUGUGGGACUCAUCAUCUCUUCAGUACGUAUAUGACCCCCACCCCCCUAGAGGUGGCCAGAGGGAGUGCAGCAUGAUGAAGCAAAAAAUAUUAGAGACCAAAUGAGAUACAGUAACAUGAUGAUAAGCGAACUGUGAACAACAAUUACAAUUCAAAUACAGUAGUUGAUGAGCGGGCGGCGCACAUGACCGACACAACUCGGCACCAGAGCUGGCAGAGCAUCCCCCCCUCCCCCUACCAUGUCAUGGUGGAUAUGAACGUUGAUCACUCCUGGUGAAGACACUGGACUGUGGAAACGUUGGAUCGUGAAUGUAAUUUGUUCGGAGAUUACGUUCAUUUACUUGAGUCCAGAGUAUUAAAAACAUGUCUGAUAUUAUACCCGGUUGCCAUGAAUAAACUUCAUUUGCUUUCAAUUGAAGCUCGUCAUGUAAUAUUUCAUUCUGCAGCAUACCAAGUUUGUCAUCUGAAACAGAAGCAAGGUUCAGUGACGAUCAAAGCAGCAGUCACCAAGUAUAGAGUGGAAAUCUUACAAAAUGCUGGCGUGAAUGACAAGGUCGGUCAUAACGUCUGCUCUAGUUCAUUCGUGGUGUUUAUGAUCUCUGUGACUGAGGUUUGAUUUCUGCAAUAUGCAGUUGUCUCAUUAUAACAGGGCUCGAAAUAACGGCCGAUCAACGAUCAAUGAUCGGCAGGAAAUUGUUUUUGAUCGGCGAAGAAGCAACGUUGCCGUUCAUCUUGAUCGGCAAGAAAUAUAUUUGAGCAUUGUCUGAAAGACAUGCUUACCCGUACGCGGUAAAAGACAAAUAAAAGUAACAUAAAACAAAUUCAAAAACAGGCGAAAAGCUCUUGUUUAGUUGAUUCGAGUCUUACGACAGGAAAGCAGGGUUUUUUUCAGGGAUUUUUUAGGGCCGUUAAACGGCCCCAAAAACUCAAUCUUGAAUUGAGUUUUGAAACUCAAUCUUCUCACCAAAGUUUCAGUGCAGUAAAAAUGAAGUUGUUUGAGUUAAAUUCGUGAUGUGUGGAAAUUAGUUUUCAGUUGGAAACCCGACAAUUAAAAAAAAUGGCUGGAAUUCAUCUCACAACACAAGAAAAACUAUGCAUUUGCAAUCUUUAACCAGUUUAUAGUGUCCCUUAGUGUCCCUGCUUUAACACAUUCCGUCUCAACUACACUUAUUGAGUACAAGUGUCAGCCCCCGAUAGGGAGGGGGGGGGGGGGGUAGCCACCCCAGCUGUUCAGCUAAACUCAAUCUUCUCUGCAAAAACGGACCCAAGAGAAAAUCCUGAAAAAAACCCUGGAAAGGCCGCAAUACUAUUCUCGUUCUCAGGUAAUUUAUUAAAUUUGCAUGAAGUAUUGUCGUCUCUUCAACAGUCUACAAUCCGAACCGUUGACGACGAACGUUUUUGUUACAAUAAGUCAAAUUGAUAGGAUUUUUUUAGUAGGAUUUUUGUUUUUAGUAUAGGAUUUUCUCUUUUAAUAAUAUUAAAUAAUUAGUUUUAGUUCUUAAUUGAUAAUGCUGCUGUGUUUUUUGCUUUUAUGUGAAAAAAUGCAAUAACUAUAAUUAAAACUUGAAAAGUGUUAUAGUCGUUAUAAUAAACUAAAGUUUAUUGAACAGCACUUAAAUGUAGUUACACUAUUAAAAUUAUAUAUAUAUAAGUCAACAAAUGUCGUAGAUUUAAACUUGAAUUUGAAAUAAAGUUAAACUUCCUGUUCAGAUGUGUAUUCACUGGCAUAUUUAUAAUUUUUCUUUUCAAAGAAACUUAGGCAAAUUUGCUCCUGAUCGGCCAGAUUAUUAAUUGAUCGGCAAAAAGUCGUGAUUGCCGAUCACCAUGAUCGGGAACAUUGGGAACGUUAUUUCGAGCCCUGUUAUAAUUUCACCUCAGUCACAUGUGAGAAGAGUGCUUCCAGUUUGUUGUUGGACUUCUAAGAAGAACAGCUUAGACUCGUAAACUAGUAUCGUUGUAUUUUCGUGGAAUGGAUUUCCAAUAAAGGAUUAAUCACGUUUUGUAUAUUUUCAGGAAACGUUGAAGAAAGCUUUGACCGCCUCACUGAGAUUGUCGUUAACAAGUGACAUACGCAUUGAACCUAAACACGCUUCAAUAUUUAACCAUCCCAUGAACAAGGUUUGUCUUUAAAAUAUUGGAACACGAUAGUUUGUGUGUUUUCUAUCUAAAAUCCUACAGUACCAAGAACGAGUUGGAAAACUCUUCGUUAGCAAAUACUCUUACGCGUAAAUAUUCUUAGUUUAACUCAAAACUCGCUUAUAUUUGCAUACAGUCCGUAAAGAAAAUAUCUCCCACCAGUAAUUGUGGCAAACAUCAUAAUGUGUACUGUUGUAGUGUGUUUACCGUAAUUCACUGUAGACAUUAUUUAGUUUAUUAUGUUAUUGUCAGGUCGAUCUCACUAUCUACGGUGGUUCAGGCAGAUUCCUUGUGAAAGGAAGCGACGACGAUAUUGCCAGUGUUGCUGCAACGAAAUCUAUUGUGAAAGUAAGUUGAGUCUAAAUCAUGACAUACACUAGUACGUAAUCUUGGAGUUUGAGCGGCAAACUGAUCAACACUCUGAUCAAUUAUUUAUGACGGAAUUGUUAUACGGUUGAUUUCUCGCCAUAUAAGAAUUAGUAAAACAGCGAGUUUUGUAGCUUGCCAGAGAUAACUGAACAACAGCCUGCUUUGAUACGUGUUGUAUGCUCAGAACAGUCAACACGAGAAACUGGUCUUUGAUGUUUCAUUCUUGUUUCAGGUCACUCCCAAGAUGACUGGAGUUCUAACUGUCACAGUGUAUGAUCAAUGUUUAGAUUCUCCCAACUCUGCCACCGCUAACAUCCGGGUUUCAGAUAUUGAUAGUAUUCACGUGGCGGUUGUGGAUAAGGUGGGGUAAUGUUUAUUUCUGCGGUGGAUAGAAUAGGAUAAUAUUGAUUUAUCCUUACCUUGCUAUACAAAAUGAAUUGUGUACACCAGAGCCCGGCUGGAACUCCACAUUACAUAACUUUUAUGUUGAACGUUGAUAGGUUGAACUUGGUCAUGUGAUCAAUUGUACUGUGAUGGUAUUGGACGAGCUGGAUAAACCACUGUUGGUCAGCCAACUGGAACUACUCAAUCUCACACCCAGACUGUCACGUGAUCUAUUGAAUAUCAAGUAAGUUUGAUUUUUGAUACGAGGGACAUGAUGUUGAUCACAGAGAUUUCUCAACUUACUUCGAGACAUUUUGAAAUUUAAACUUUGCGUUUUUCAUUCUACCAGACCGAGUGCAAGGAAAGGGCUGGACAAGGCUUUUUACAACUUACGUGGCGUUGCUAUUGGUAACACAAUCCUCACCUACAGUGCGCAUCCUGCCAACAAACUUCAGAUAACAAGCGAGCCAAAACAUAUCCAGGUAAAUUUCAGAUAUAUUUAGCAGUCUUGUUUUUGCUGACAAAUAGGUGCGAAAGGCACAAUGGGGAGUGAAUAAUAAUGAAAUGGAAUUGAGAUUGAAUUUGCGAUAUUUCUAUUGUAUGUUGCAGGUAUUUCCUCCGUUAAGACUAGAUCCCAGGUACAUCAUCCUCAUACCUGGCGCGACAUUCCAACUGAAGGCCACAGGCGGCCCAUACCCUCAAGUAACAACAUUAUUCAGCAUCAAGAAUGAGACAGUGGCGUCAGUAGACAGUGUUGGUUUGAUAACAGCGCGCGUUCCAGGAAAGUCCACAAUCACUGGGGCUGUAGAGGCAACUGAUCCUCAAUCUGGCCACACCAUCGUCUUCUCGAAGGUUGGUUAAAUUCAUCAACUUUCUUCACGUUUGAUCUAGGGCCGGCGAGAGGAUGCGUGGAGCCCGGGACAAAAUUUUCCAAGGGGGCCCCCAUCACGUCAUAAUUAUAAAAGGCGAGACGCGGUCUUUUACAAUAUGUUACACUUUAUAACAUAUUAUCUGACACUAACGCAGCUAGGAUUUGUAAUCUAAGUUAAGCAAUCUUGUGUCAAAAAGGGCCUUCGUUCCCCCCCCCCUACAGUGAUUUGUAACAAACCUGAACGAGGUUGAAAUCUUGACUCGCAGGAAAAUGAAGUACGUUUCUAUUUCAGGAUCACGUGAUUGUGGAAGUAUUACGUCUUAGUGGAGUGAAAAUAUUUACACCUUCAACAAACCUUGUCACAGAAACAGAGGUGAGAAAAUAUUUUGUCCCAGACUAACAUUUCGCGCUUAGUGUACUGUAUGCAUAUGUUAUUUCAGAGUGUUUCAACAGCCAACACUUUAAUAAAGACAUUAUUUCAGAGAGAUCAACAGCCAACACUUCAAUAAAGACUUUGUUUGUGUAUUUCAGAUUGGUUUAAGAGCUGUUGGCAUGAAUGAUGAGACUCCCUUUAGUUUUGCGAACGCCAUUCCUGGUCUGGAGUUUCACUGGACAUCCAGUAAUAUUGAUGUUUGUAAACUCAAAUCUGUUUAUGAAAAGGUAAUCCUUUAGUGUUUUGUAAGGUAGCCUAGAUUUAAAAACGUGUGUCAUGUAAACAAAGAUUCUCUUGUGUACUUUAAUGAUUUUUCUCUCAACAUCAAAACUAAUCCAAAUUCUAUGUUUUCCAUUCUAGAGUGGUAUCACGAUUGAUUCUGAGAAAGCAUUUCGCGUUGUGCUGUCAUGUAACCACCCAGGAGAAGUAGUGAUCAAACUACAAGCUGUCUUCACUCAGCCUUCCUAUGAACAAGCAAUAGCGCAUGCGCAUCUAUAUGAUGACGUCAGAAUACAGGUGAUGUAAACUGGUGAUGUUAACCGUUUGGUUUGAAUAUUACUAGAUCUGGCAAACAAUGCAUUUGGAAUGUAUACCGAAAACGAUGUUUUGAUGAUGUGAUUUUUAAUGUUUAGGUGUUUGAGAAAUUACGUCUGAUUGAGCCGUCUGAUGGUCAGUUGCUGUUACCUCAUGACGUCAAUGUGAGGAUUAGAACCAACAGGUGCGUGACUCGCGAUGCUUCGAGGUUUGAGCAAUAUACAGUUUUUAUUUCACCUCACGUGAGAAGACAUAUCUCCGAGGUUUGAGCAAUUUACAGUUGUGUGAUUAUUUCACCUCAAAGUUUAUUUUUUCCUCUUUAGGGAUGGUGGGAGGCUAAGUUACAAUAUCAUGGAUGUUUGUCCCCAAUCUCCCCGUAGUGAUUCACGGCCACUGUUGACCAUCAAUAACCGCGGGCUCCUUGAAACUGGAAUGAUCUCUGGGACUGCUGGGAUACUGGUGACGUCACGAGAGGAUUUUGGAGUCAAUCAGACUGUAGUGGUCCAUGUUGAAGUGAGAAGACGCUGGUUUAUAUAUUGUGAUCACUUCCAGUAAGAAUGAGCACGAUGUUUUCUCUACAUGAUUAUUUUUGUAUUUGCAGGUGAAAUCAGUGGCGUCCAUCUCCAUAACUCCCCAGUCUGCCAUCCACACUCUGUCGCACAAGCUCCACGCAUUCCCUGUGGGAAUGAGCGCCAUAUUUUCUGUGUUUCUUCAUGAUAAUAUUGGACGAAAGUUUGAUUCUGGAAAUGUUCCUCUUAAACACAGAUUAAACAGGUAAUCCUGGUAGUAUAUCAUACAUGAAACAUUGUCAGUGUGUCACGCCAUGAUCAUUUCUUACUAGAUUUGAUUCAAUACACGUAACGCAAGGCCCUGACAAUGGAACAUAUUCUAUCAGAGCUCAUAAUAAUGGUGAAGCCAUCUUGAAUGUAAGUAUUUUAACUCAUUUAUACUCGAUAGCUUUACCAGUUCUAAACUGUUAAUCCUAGAAGCCCAGUAAGGAUCAUCUCUUAUUGAUUUAGUGUUACUACAGGAGGAACCUAAACUAACUUUAUUUAUACUGGAUAGCUAUAUCAGUUCUAAACCGUUUUUCCUGGAGGUCCAGUAAGGAUCAUCUCUUAUUGAUCCAGUGUUACUACAGGAGGAAACCUAAACUAAACUAACUUUAUUUACACUGGAUAGCUCUAUCAGUUCUAAACUGUUCUUCCUGGAGGUCCAGUAAGGAUCACCCCUUAUUGAUUCAGUGUUACUACAGGAGGAAACAUAAACUUAUUUUAUUUAUACUGGAUAUUUCUGCAGGUUUGGCUCGUGUCGUCUCCUCAUAUCGCAGAUUUUGUUCAUCUGAGAGCUACUCAAGCUAUAGUACCUUUCCGAUUAACAUAUUUUCUUGGAGAAAUGAUUUGUUUCAAGGAAACAGUGAUGGGAGAUGAAGGUAUGUGUAGCAAGGAGCUUAAAAUGUACAGAAUCUGGUACGAGAAAGAGGUUCAACUUUAUUCUUUAUAUUCAUUGUUGAUAUAUUCCCUGUUCUCUCCUUUAGAUAACGGGCUAUGGUGGGCCUCUAAAGACAAUAUACUCAGCAUUGAUCCCCACACAGGCAUUGCUAUAGCAACCAGUAGUGGUAACAGUUUAGUCUAUUACAACGCUUCUGUUUCACUUCCUACUUACAUUGAAGCAAAAGUUAGUUCCGUCAGCGAUGUAGAGAUUGUUAAUCCAGACAAGACUGUCAUAUCCAACAGCCCUGGAGCAGAUGUUAAUGGCAGUUACGUUGUUCACAUCGACUUUGGUAAACAGAGGAGCACCCCUCUGCCUGGUUGCGAUUGCCACGUCCUCGAAGAUACGUCAUCAGCCGCAAAACUACAGUUUCCAUUUACUUGUGUGUUAUCGUUUGAAAAGCCUCAUGGUUUAACCACGGAUAAAUUAUUUAAUAUCAAAGCUGGAUAUGACAAUGGAAAGAGUGCAUGUUUUAUUUUCCCGAAAAGACUGUCUACUGAUGAUGCUAAAGUGUUAUCUAACUCUCAGGCAAACCUGGUUUUAUCUGUGACACUGCAGGACCCCAGCAAAGGAUUGGAGUUUACUUCAGGUUUCGUAGAUUUGGAGUUUGUGCCGUCAUUUGUGUUGGCGAGACAAGAAGUGAGAUUGAGUAAGGCGGGAGAAAGUCUCGAGGUUCAUGGCACAGAUGAAAUGUUGCAAAGUUUGCAGGUGAGUUAUGAUUGAGUCUCCAAGCUGACAUGAAGACUGCGUGUUUUGUGCUGGAGUAUGCUUCCACUUGAUCCCAAUAACAACCUCUGAGGAAAUUGACUCAUAUGUAUUGCUGCGAUCAGGGUUCUCUCGUGCAACUCUUAUUCUCGUUUGUCCAGGGCAUGAGAGUUGAUAAAACUCUCAUAGCAACCCUCACUUCUCAACUGUCGUCAACUUUCAUGCAACUCUUAUUCUCGUUUGUCCAGGGCAUGAGAGUUGAUAAAACUCUCGUAGCAACCCUCACUUCUCAACUGUCGUCAACUCUCCACCCUCGUUUGACCACUGGGGCUUAAUUAUUUCCUUAUUUAAUCUUGUUAAUUAUUCCAGGUCAACUCCCAAUCGUCAUCAGUGCUUGUUAAGUUACGUCAUGAUUCAGAUGUUGCCUUCCUUGACAUAUUGUUGGCUGAUGCUAACACUGCAUCAUUUGAGGACGCCAUCAUUGAAAUAAAGAGUGGUUUGACAACACAGAUUGAAACAAUCAAUGUCUCGUAUUUAUCACUACUACCUGCUCCACAGUUGAGUUCUGCUAACCAAUGCCCUGGGCCUGCCUGUCCGGACAAGGAUAGUUUUAACGUCCGUAAUAUUUUGAUAAUUUUGUUGACUAUCGUCGUUAUUUUAGUGCUAAUAUUGUUAUGCCGACCAGCCCGUAGACAGAGGCCCAUCCCUUACCCUGGGGUGUCUCCUUAUGGACAUCAAAGCCCAUACCCAAAUGAUGGCCGCAACCCAGUGGACACGUUCGCAACGCCCUACAACAGAAGUGACGUCAGCCCGGGCAGACGACGUCAAUCACCAGUGUUAGCCCGACGUGCCACACCUGGAUCUUCACCGAGAGGGUUGUUUAGUGUCACACAAUGAGAGGAUGCAUGCUGUCUUACUGUUCUCCAUGAUGAAUAUACAAUUAUUUUUGCAGUAUUUUUCAAAAUAUUUUUAUAUUUAUGAAUGUUCAGCCUAGCAACCAAGCAGGUAAGAUUAAAAAAAAUCCAAUCUAAGUAAGGAUGUUUCAAUCUGGAAAGUACAAGAACAAUGUCUUGGGAUUUUGUAGUGUGGAAUAGUUAGAAGUCGAUAUUUUGUUAAUAAAUACAAACACGACAGAUUUUGCACUGAAACUUUCUUUACACAAUUGAAACAGACCUUUGGUACAUGUAGAUAUCCAAAACUAAUUUUACAUCUACUCAUAUUUCAAUGUGAUGAUACAAGCCUUGGUAUUGUUUGUAAGUCAUUAAGUUAAAAUCUGCAAAUGUUGAUAAUAGAGUUGAGCGAAUACUGAGAAGCCAUCAACAAAUCUUCCAGUGAGCUAUGUCAUCUGCAGUUCAAGGUAUUUGUUAUAAUUUUUGUACAUUUUGCAUUUCCUUGUGCAAACAUCUUGGUUUGGUAAGCAACCAGAAGAUCACCAUUUGCCAUUACAUUAUUCCUUUUAUGACCCCUAGAGCAAAGUUAAACAAGGUUAGUUUGAUGUUUUACUAGUUGAGGCAAGAAAGGCAAUAGAAUCAAGCUGACAUUAUUGUGCUCAUGAAGAAGGGACAUAGUGGCAGUG